AUGACAAAGAGUAUAGAAAACUUCCCAUGCCAUAUUGGUAAAGAGAUUGGAACUGGCGCUUUCGCAUCUGUUCGACUUUGCUAUGAUGAGAAUGCAAAAAUUUACGCCGUAAAGUUUAUUAAUAAAAAGUUUGCAACAAAAUGUAUGGGCUCCAGUGUCUGGGCACGUAGGAUUGCUAGUGAAGUCCAGCUGCAUCGUCUAUGCAAUGGACAUAAAAACAUAAUUCACUUCUAUGACACAGCAGAGAACUUACAUUGGCGUUGGGUUACUCUUGAAUUUGCUCAGGGCGGAGAUUUAUUUGACAAAAUUGAGCCUGACGUUGGGGUUGAUGAAGAUGUCGCGCAGUUCUAUUUUGCUCAAUUAAUGGAAGGAAUAUCUUUCAUGCACUCAAAAGGUGUUGCUCACAGAGAUUUAAAGCCUGAGAACAUUUUGCUGGAUUACAAUGGCAAUUUGAAAUUAUCAGACUUCGGUUUUGCAUCUCUCUAUGCUUAUAAGGGUAAAAGUAGACUUUUAAAUAGCCCAGUAGGAAGUCCCCCGUACGCUGCACCAGAGAUUACAGGGCAAUACGAUGGUGCCAAGGUAGAUAUAUGGUCUUGUGGAAUAAUACUCUUCGCUCUUUUGUCUGGAAAUACCCCAUGGGAUGAGGCUAUCAGCAAUACGGGAGAUUAUUUAAUCUAUAGAAAGCAAGGUGAACGACCGUCUUCUUAUCCAUGGAAUCGCUUGUCGCCAGGCGCAUAUUCUGUUAUCACUGGAAUGCUACGUACUGAUCCUUCUAAAAGGUUCCCAACAAAACGUAUUUUACAGCAUCCAUGGCUUACUUCUAAUAUUUCAUUCCGUACUGAUAAUGGAAACUGUUCUGACCCUGUUGCUCUCGCUUCGAGGCUAAUGUUGAAGUUGCAUAUUGAUUUGGAUAAGCCUCGUUCAUCACUUACAGAUAGUGCUUCAUAUGGAACUAUUUCCAUGACACAACCAACAACAAAAGUGUCAGAUUCUGACAUUCAUGACCAUACAGCUAUAUAUGGUCAUCUUUCCCAACCAGUUCAGGUGAAUGAAGAGGUUGAUGCUUCGGAACUGAUGGAAAAGGAUCCUUCGUUGAGUCAGUUCUGCAACACGAACGGUUUUAUCGAACGACUCGCCGGAAAAGCUACCAACUUUUACGAAAUUUGUCCUCCGGAACGGUUAACAAGGUUUUACUCAAAGGCUUCUAAGCAGUAUAUAAUUGAUCGGCUUUAUGACGCUUUACGUUUGUUAGCGGUUUCUUUAACAACUAAGCAUACAAUCGGACAGAGUAUGCUUUAUGUUAAGCUGCAUGAUAAGAGAAAAUGUCUGUUACAGGGUGAAAUAGCAUUGAAGACGCUAGGUCAUAAUUUGGAAUUAGUGAAUUUCAUAAAAAGCAGUGGAGAUCCACUAGAAUGGAGAACAUUUUUUAAGAAUGUUGUAAGUUCACUUGGAAAACCUAUUGUUCUGACUGACAUUACUUCUUGA